GCGUUUGUGUGUGUGUGUUGGUAGGAAAACGCACCACGAUCCAACCUGCUUUGAUUAGACUUUGAUUAUUGCUAUUAUUAUUCAAUCGGGACUGGCUGGCUUGGCUUUGUUGAUGUGAACCGUUUUCCAAUUUUCUUCACUUAAUUGUUGAAAGGAAUAGUUAUACUCACGUAAUUUAUGCUUCCGCGAAGGUCCCACGGUACGGUUCUCUAGGUUUACACGUUCCCCCGGUCGGCUGGAACCGUAGGAGAAUCCCCCCGCGCGUAGGUCGAACGAUGUCGAAGCGAUCGGCAGAGGACGCGUCAGGUGGUGGUGCCAGCGGUGCAGGUGGUGGAGGGGCUGCUGGCACGGGUAGCGCAGGUGGGCUACAACCACCGAUCAAGAAGGUACACUUCGAGCCGCACCUUAUCGGACCGAUUUCGACGCUGGAAGAGCUGGACAUUAAGGUGCUGAAGUUUCAAAACAAAAAGCUGGCUCAGCGAAUCGAACAGCGGAUACGAUGCGAAUCGGAGCUACGGUCACGAAUCGAGCAGCUCGAGAAGCGUCAAACGCAGGACGACGCAGUACUGAACGUCGUCAAUCGGUACUGGAACCAGCUGAACGAAGACAUCCGCGUGCUGCUGCAACGCUUCGACGCGGAAACGGCGGAUGAAUCGGAAAACAAAAAUGAGAACGAAGUGACAACCUCCUUCCUCAUGCAGCUAUCGACCUGGGACAAGGAAGAGCUGGACGACAAGCUGGCGAAUCGGGUACAGGUGUCAAAGCGCGCCGUAGCCAAGAUCGUCCAAGUGUUCGACCGGUUAAUGCAGCGUAACGAGAAGCUAAUGCUAGCGAUGAAGGGCGAGUCGGAGGACGGCAAAUCGCCGGCCAUGGCACCGCCCGACCUGGACGAAUCCCUGCGCCAAACGUACAUCGACGUGAUGGCGGAGAACCGCAACCUGCAGACACAGAACACGCUGCUGCACGAAAAGUUUCACACGAUAUCGCUCAAGCUGAGCGAGUACCAGGACAUGCUGAACGGGAAGGAAACGGAGGCGGCCGAACUGCGCAAUCAGAUCGACGAUCUGCAGUACGAGCUGGAGAAGGUGAGGUGUCGGAACGAUAAGCUCGAAAACCAUCUUGCCGAGGCGAUCGAGAAGCUGAAGGCGUACCAUCAGCUGCACGGCGGCGAUCCACUCAGCGGGGGCGGUGGAAGCGGCGAUUCCGGGCGACAAUCGUCCUCGGCCGGUGGUGGCUCGAGGGGGUCCGGGUCGAUGACGAGUGUGGCCGCUCAGCAUCUGGAAGAUUUGCAAAAGGAGCUAGAGGAGUACAAGGAGCUAUCGAACAACCGGUUGCAGGAGCUGGACAAACUGCAUUUGCAGCACCGCGAGGCGCUGAAGGAGGUCGAGAAGCUGAAGAUGGACAUCCGGCAGCUGCCGGAAUCGGUCAUCGUCGAGACGACCGAGUACAAGUGCUUACAGUCACAGUUCUCCGUGCUGUAUAACGAGUCCAUGCAGAUCAAGACGCUGCUGGACGAGAGCCGCAAUCAGCUGCAGUCGAGCAAGAACCAGCACCUGCGCCAGAUCGAGAUGAUGGAGAGCGAGGAGCUGAUCGCACAAAAGCGGGUCCGCAGCGACAUGAUCCAGAUGGAGGACGUGAUGUCGCAGAUCCGCAAGGAGUACGAGAUGCUGCGGAUCGAGUUCGAGCAAAACAUGGCGGCCAACGAGCAGACCGCCCCGAUUAAUCACGAGAUGCGUCACCUCAUCCUGUCGCUGCAGAACCACAACGGCCAGCUGAAGGGUGAGGUGCAGCGGUAUAAGAAAAAGUACAAAGACGUGUCCGCGGACAACACGAAGCUGCGGAAGGACCUGGAGGAGCAGACGAGCAAGGUGACGGCGCUGCAGGAAGCCCAGCAGCAGGCGGAAUCGAUCAAGCUGGAAAAUUGCCUGUCCAUGCGAGACGCGGCCGGUGGUGGGGGCGGUGGCGGUGGUGGUGGUGGUGGUGGUGGUGUGUCCGUGAAGGAGGAACCCGGCGGCAUGCUGCUCGAACGGGACGGUCAGUGUGGGAUCAAGGAGGAGGACCCGAACGGAUCGUUAAAUUCGUGUGGUGGUGGUACGGGUGGACUGGGCGGUACUAGUUCCGGUUCCCUCACGAGGUCAGACUCAGGUGAAGAGGGCGAAAUGGACGCAAACGGUAUCAAACGGGAGGAGAUGAUUGGCCCGGACGGUGUGGUGGUGAAAAAGGAAGGAUCAUCCGGUGGGACGGGCGGUGGCGGGCUCGGGAUGGAUGGCAAAGCGAACGGACCGGCCGACCAUCAUCGGGGCGGCGGUGGCGUCAAGUGCGUCGAGUCGGACCUGGUGCGCGAUCUGCGCAAUCAGCUGAAGAAAGCUUUAAACGACCAGAAAGAGAUGAAGCUGCUGCUGGACAUGUACAAGGGUGUGCCGAAGGAGCAGCGGGACAAGGUACAGCUGAUGGCGAGCGAGAAGAAAAAGUGCGCCGAAAUCGAGGACCUCAAGUGUCAGAUGAAGAAGCUGCAGGAGAGCAAACGGGAGGACCGGAAGAAGCUGGCGGACGAGGAGGCGCUGCGGAAGAUCAAGCAGCUGGAGGAGCAGAAGUACGAGCUGCAGAAGCAGGUCCAGAAUCAGAAGCAGCCGCAGGACAGCAGCUGGACCACCGGCUAUCGACCAUUUGAAGAGGAAGCUCUGCUGAACGAGAUGGAGGUGACCGGGCAGGCGUUCGAGGAUAUGCAGGAGCAAAACUCAAGACUGAUACAACAGUUGCGCGAGAAGGACGAUGCAAACUUUAAGCUAAUGUCCGACCGCAUCAAGGCCAAUCAGAUGCACAAGCUGCUCAGGGAGGAAAAGCAACUGCUGGAAGAUCAGGUAUCGACACGCGACAGUCAAAUCGAAGCGAUGCACGUCGUGUUACGGAAGCUCGAGGAAAAGGAGCGCAUCCUGCAAAACACGGUCACCACGAUCGAGAAGGAGCUCGUCGCCCGCCAGCAAGCGAUGGAAAUGCACAAGCGAAAAGCGAUCGAAUCGGCCCAAUCCGCGGCAGACCUGAAGCUCCAUCUCGAGAAGUAUCACGCGCAGAUGAAGGAAGCGCAGCAGGUGGUGGCGGAAAAGACGAGUUCGCUCGAGGCGGAAGCGUACAAAACGAAGCGGCUGCAGGAAGAGCUGGCCCAGUUCAAGCGCAAGGCGGAACGCAUGAAGAAGAUCGAAAUGUCGGGCACGACGAUCGACGAGGUGAUGCUGGAGGAGAUCCGCGAGUACAAGGAAACGCUCACCUGUCCCUCGUGCAAGGUGAAACGGAAGGAUGCGGUACUGUCCAAAUGUUUCCACGUGUUUUGCUACGAUUGUUUGCGGACGAGGUACGAAACGAGGCAGCGGAAGUGCCCGAAGUGCAACUGUGCGUUCGGUGCCAACGACUACCACCGGCUGUAUCUGUCGACGUAAUGUGCGUGCGUGCGUGUGUGUCCUUGCGUGUGCGUUUGCGUGUAUGCGUGUGUGCAAAGGUGCAGUGGUGGUGGUGGUGGUGCGGCUGGUCUCCAUUUCCCUUCAAUUUCCCAUUUCCUCUUCCUCUGGGGUCUAUUUCCGACCGCUUUCUCCCCUUUCCGGACCGGACAGUUUGAAUCUGCCCUUUCUCGAGUCUGGAUUUUCCCUUCGAGGAAAGGGUCCAACACAUGCCCAAAUUGUUUUAAACCGCCCCAAAAAUGUCCAACAUUAAAUGCCGUCUUUUAACACUUCCCCCGCGUGCCGUAGAAGCGAUUGGACCCGAUUGGCAUUUUUGGAUCAUUUUUACUAGUCUUUCCAGAUGUAAGCCGCCCUUCGUAAUUGACUAAUGGGUGGGCUUUACUGUCGGCUGCUUUACAUUGUAUUUUUUAUAACUUUUUACCCUGAUUUACAUGUAAUCUCACGCGCAUUUUGGUUGUGAGUUUGAGUCAUCUUUUUUUUACAAAUGUGCGUCUCGCUCAGAAGCAAUGUAGAGCGAACUAAUGAAAUGGAGUCUAAAUGUAAACAAAAUCCCCCGACACCCCUUCUUUAGAGUAAGUGGUUCUCACACACACACUACCCCGUCUGUUAAGUGGUGUCCCUUUCAUUUCUGCUAAGGACACCUACCUUGUCGUUUUUUUCCUUGUCCCAGAUUCGGGCACGGUCAGUCACAUUUAACCUCAUCGAAGCUUGAGCUUAUUUCUUGAAAACGGAAAACGGGGGAAAAAGGGAAAUUAAGAAAUAGCUCUCUACCUCAGCCUCAACUCAAAAGCCGCAAAUGUGUGUGUGUGUGUCGGGUACUGCUGUGUGUGUGUGUGAGUGCAUUGUAGUGCCGGAUGUUCGGAGACAGUUAGCAGUGAAUCUGUGUUUGAUCUAGUAGCCAAUAAGAAAAGAAAAAACUCUCUCACACACACACCUACAAAAGCUCGAACCAGGCAGCCGGAAGUGAGAUAGCGAGAGACAGAUAGAAAUUAGGCGAUAAGCAGACCCUUCUUUCGUACACUAUCCAUCUUCCUGCGUCUUCUAGCGUGUAAAGUAUGCAAUAGCGUUUAGUGUUUAGUGAGAUUUUGGGGAGUAUUAUUCAGACGAAAGUAAGCAAACACAAAAAUAUAAUCAACCGUCAGCAAAGUGUUGUGUGUUCGUAUGUGUGUGUGUGUGUGUGGGAAACAUUUUACUCAACCUCAGUUCCGGUAAGGCUUACAGGAUUUAAGGUAGGUUAACUCCACUUGUAGGCAUAUCUCGAACACACUUUUUCAUACGACUCCAUUUUCCGCAAAUCCAUUGUAGCAAUGGAGAGGGCAAUGAUAGUUGGUAAUGCGUUGCUAGGCAACAGGUUUACGCGAACUGUAUCCUGUUCGACCUCCUGCCUAAUGCACUCACAGCAGCAACCACCCGAGCACGGAAUAACAGAGAUAACGCGAGAGAGAGAGACAGAGAGAGAGAGAGAGCAAACGAGAGCGAAAGAGGGAGCAAAGCAAGUUGAAAAGUAAGGUGUGUAGUAAGCAGAAGAAAGUAACAAAAAAGUAAACACUAAAUUAAACUAAAUUAAUGUGGCCAGACGUAAAACACGAAACAUAUAUCCAAACACAACCAAACGAAACCAAUACAAAACAGCAGAAAGCAAUAGGCGCCUAAAGCUAAUGCAGAGCCAAAAAUGAGAAGAAAAAGAAAAACCCCGCUAGAAGCAAUUUCAAACUACCAUCAUCACCGAACAACACUACAAAAGCGAAACUACUAGAACAGCUACUAAUACUACUGCAUGCAUAUGUUAACGGUUCGUAAACACAACAAGAGCAAGAGAGAGAGAAAGGUAAAAUGGGGAAUGCAGCGCAGAAGAUAGUGAUACUACUCUAAUAUGAUCUUACAGCAGAGAGAAGCCAACAUGGAACGGUAAAGCAGCAACAAACAAACAAACAAACAAACAACCACGUGACAAAAACCACACAAAAAAGCAACCUACAAAUAAUAAAAGCAAAUCAUUAUUAUCUAGCGUUAA